GUAAAAAUAUGACGUCUUACUUGGUUAACUUACGUGUCUCGUUUAAGAUUUAGCGCAGAGCCUCCUUUGUAAAAAAAAUAAUCAUUGAUUAUUUUUUUGUGACGAUCGUAAGCUGAUAAAUACUCCAAAAUGUUAUUAAGAAAAAUAAUACUUAAUGUCCGAAAUCAUGCAAAAAAAUUCAGUAAUUAUGUCAAAGUUGUUGAAGUAGGACCAAGAGAUGGUUUACAGAAUGAAAAAAAAAUUUUACCUAGUUCAAUAAAAAUAGAAUUGAUCAACAAAUUAUCCCAAACAGGAUUAAAAACAAUUGAAGCUACAAGUUUUGUUUCUCCUAAAUGGAUUCCACAAAUGCAAGACAAUGCAACAGUAUUUAAAAGUAUAGACAAAAAAACUGGUAUAAAUUACCCGGUUUUAGUUCCUAAUUUAAAAGGCUUACAAAGUGCUCUAGAAGUUAGCGUAAAAGAGAUAGCAAUUUUCGGAGCAGCUUCUGAGUCUUUUUCCCACAGAAAUAUAAACUGUUCAAUUGAAGAAAGUAUUAAGAGAUUUAAAGAAGUAAUACUAGAAGCGCAGAAAAAUAAUAUAAAAACACGUGGUUAUAUUUCGUGUAUAGCAGGGUGUCCGUAUGAAGGAAAUAUUAAAGCGUCAGCUGUUGCGAAGGUUGCAGAUGCAAUGUUGCAGCUAGGGUGCUAUGAAAUAUCACUUGGUGAUACUAUUGGAGUGGGUACGCCUAAAAAAAUAAUAAAUAUCUUAAAUGAAAUAAAACAUCUUUCUAAGCUAGGCAAUUUCGAAGAAUUCGCUCUUCAUUGUCAUGAUACUUAUGGCCAAGCUCUUGCAAAUACUUAUGCGAGUCUUGAAUACGGAGUAAGAAUAUUUGACGCGUCGGUAGCUGGACUUGGAGGGUGUCCUUAUGCUGCUGGCGCGUCUGGAAAUUUAGCUACUGAAGAUCUUCUUUAUUUACUCAGUGAGCAAGGAUUUAAUACAGAUGUUAAUUUAAAUGAACUUAUUAAAAUAGGAGAGUGGAUUAGCGGAGAAUUAGGUAGAACCAAUAUGUCAAAAGUUGGUCUUGCUACUAUUGCUAAAGAAAAAUUAAAAAAGAAAUUACAGUGAUUAUUAUUAAAAAUACUUGAGCAUUUAUUUUAAUAUCUAACAUGAUAUUUAAAAAAUUUUAUUAAGCUUCACUCUUGUGUCAAUCAAUUGUACAUACAUUGACUAUUUUAUAAAAAAACACAGUAAA